AUGGGCGGCACUCUGGGGGCCUCGGUGGCGGAGGAGGUCGUGGAUGUGGCCAUCAUAGGCAAUGGCCCGAGCGGGCUGGCCUUGGCCGCCGCCUUGAGCGGGCUGGUGCCCGAGGUGCUCCGGAACCCACCGCUGUCCCGGGACCCCGCUGUCAACGCGGCCGCCCGGCGGCUGGCAGGCAGGGCGCUGGACGAGGCCGCGUUGUUCGGGGAGGACAUCCAGCGGCGGUGCGUGAACCCCAGCGCGGCGCUGGUGGACGCUCUGCGCUUCCCCGGCGGCGACGGGGUCGGGGACUCGCUGCUGCGCUACGGUCAGCUGAAGCCAUUGCUGCGCCACGCCGUGGUGGGCCGGGGCCCGCCCGGCGGCAGCUGGCAGUCGAUGUCCCCGUCCACGGUGACGCUGUCCCCUGGCAGCUGGAUGGACUUGCCAGGCCAUUCCCUGGACGAGCAUCUGCGCACCAACGCCUCCGACGAGGCCAAGAAGCUCCUGCGGUACUACGGCAGCGCGCAGGCGCUGAGCAAUGCCCGGGUGCCGCGGUGGCUGGUGGCCGAAUACUACGGCUCCUACGCGCGGAACCUCUCGGCGACGGCCUUCCACUCGGGCACGGUGGAGGCCAUGGAGGAGGAGGGCGACUGCUGGCGCCUGCAGAUCUCCGGAGAGGAGGGCUGCUACGCGCUAAAGGCAGGGAUCGAAGUCUUGGAGUUGGAUGGUGACCGAUUCCCGGAUGGCCAAGCUACCAGCGUCAUCAAGCGGCUCAUCCACCAGGAGAGGCAGAUCUCGAUCUUCAGGCAGCAGCUGCUGGUUGGCGAGACGUUCAUCUCAGAUGCUUCGAGCUGGGUGAUGCUCGCAGAGCAGGAGCUGCAGGUGGUCUUCACCGACUACGUGGAGGACUACAGCGCCGCCUUCUUGGCCGCGGCCGCGGAUGGCAACGCAGAUGUGUUGGCGGAGUGCCUGACAGCCUGCCAGGACCCGGACGUGACGGAUGAACAGGCGCAGACGGCCUGCUGGAAGGCCUGCGAGGCCGAGCACCUUGAGGUGCUGCUGCUGCUCCGCGAUGCCUGCGCAGACGUUGAGAAGCCCGACGCCUUCGGGCGACGGCCCCUGCACGCGGCAGCGCGGCGCAACCGCGCGGAGGCGGCGCAGCGCUUGCUGGAGACCCGCGCGGACGUGAAUCCCAUGUCCCAUGAUGAGCUGACUCCUCUGCACCUCGCCGCCCAACUCGGCUGCGAUGAGGUGCUGGGAUGCUUACUGGAUGCGGCGGCCGACGCGAAUCUCGCAGGCAAAGACGGCGCCACGGGCCUCUUCUGCGCAGCCAGCUGUGGGCACCUGCGAUGCCUGGCGCAGCUGCUCUCCGCGCGAGCGGAUGUAAAUGCCGCGACGGAGAACGGGGAGACGCCGCUCUUUGCAGCCGCGCAGCAUGGCUACCUGUCGGUGGUCAGCUGCCUUUUGAGCGCCUCGGCAGACUCGGACCGCGCGGCCAACGACGGGCUCACGCCUCUGCUGAUGGCGGCCCAGAGUUCCCAGUGGCGCAUCUUCCGGUUCCUGGUCCAAGCUGGAGCUAACUUGAGCCUAGCCGCGCUGGACGGCGCCACGCCGCUGUCCAUUGCCACGCUCAACGGCUGCUUAGAGGACGUGAAGCUGCUCCUGGCCUGGCGCGCCGAGGUCGACUCCUGCGCCAGGGGCAGCCAGCCGCUCUUCACCGCGGCCAAGCACGGGCAGCCGGAGCUGGUGAGAGCGCUGCUGGGCGCGCGGGCCGCCGUGGACAAGCCGGAGCGGGGCGCUACACCCCUCUUCGUGGCCGCGAAGUACGACCGCCUCGCCUCGGCGCAGCUUCUCAUCGAAGCAGGUGCUGACAAGGACAAAGCCGAUUCCCACGGCGCCACCCCGCUCUUCAUUGCGGCCAAGUAUGGCCAGGCGGACAUGGUCCGCUUCCUCAUAGAAGCCCGGGCGGACAUGGAUGCGGUGGGGCAGAACGGGCUGACCCCUCUGCUCAUGGCGGUGCAUAUGGGGCGCCAGGACACAGUGGAGGUCCUUUGCGCCCUCAAGGCCGAGGUCAACAAACCCGGGCCCCACGGAGAAACGCCGCUGUUAAAAGCAGCCCAGGAGGGCGACCUCGGGCUGUGCCAGCUGUUGGUGCAGGCAGCCGCGGACCUGAACUGCCCGGCCCAGGACGGCGCCACGCCUUUGGUGGUGGCAGCGCAGAGCGGGCAGCUGCCGGUGCUGCGAUACCUGGCCGACGCGAACGCAGAGCUGGACAAAGUGGGCCAGCACGGCGCCACGGCCUUGUUCAUCGCUGCUCUGCGGAACCACGCGCCCAUGGCGGAGUUGCUCAUUGAGCGGAGGGCCCAACUGGAGAAGCCGGGCGCUGACGGCGCCACGCCUCUUCGCGUGGCCGCGCAGCACGGGUCUUUGGACGCGGCGCGGAGUCUGGUGGCCGCGUCCGCGGAGGUGUGCGACGAGGUGGCCACCCUCCUGCGCGAAGCGGAGGCGCGCGCAGUGGCGCUGGCCUGCGGCAGCUUCGCGACGCCCCGGCGCCUGGAGAUUUUCGGGGAGGAGCUCCCCUUUGUUACCCACCGGCCCCCCAUCCACACGCCGGCACUUAUGGAGAAGAUCGGGCAUUUGCUGGUGGUAGGCGCAGGCCUGAGCGCCGCGGACGCCAUUUUGCACGUCCUCACCGGCCCCGGUGCGGCAGCAGGUGCCGCCGGGCGGAAGGUGCAGGUGACCCACGUGUUCCGGGGCGCCGCGCAGCAGACGAAGAUCGGCAAGAUGUUUGGCGGCUCCACAAGCUCCACGUACCGCGACGAGGAGUGGCUGGCGCGGCUCAUGGCGCGAAAGGACUCCGACCCGCGGUACCGACCCCUGGCGGAGGCGCAGCUGUUGGAGAUCACGGAGGAGGGCACCUGCAAAUUGCAGACGCCCACGGGCGAGGAGACCGUCGCUGAGGUCUCGGUGGUGGCUCUGCUGCUGGGCGCCCUGCCGGACCUCGGGUUCCUCCCGCGGCGCCUGCGGAGGGCGCUGAAAGCCGCGCCGCAUGCGGCGGUGACGCGCACGGACGGGCAGAUCAGCAGCCACCCGCAGUUCCUGGAGGUGAACCAGGAGACCUUGCAGCUGGCGGAUGCGGACACCAAAGAGGUCCUAGCGCCCAACGUCUUUGCUGCGGGACCCUUAAGGGGCGACAACUUCGUGCGAUUCCUGAUCGGCGACGCCUUUGUGAUCCGCCAACAGGUGGCAGCGUCGGCGAAGCUGGCGCGGGAGUCGGCAUGA